ACUCACUCAGAGGGGGCUGUCGGAGGAAUUCCGCUGGAGGAAUAGUUCAGUAUGAGCAAGCAAGCAUGCCAGGUCUCCAGCUUUCCGUCUGAUUUCACUGUCGAUCUCGUUGAUUGUUCCUCUGGUUUGGAUUAGUGUGUUGUCUUAAAAUUUGGAGGACCAUUUUUAAACAGCGUCCUGUUUGUUUUAAGGAAAACCAACACGCUCCUUGCCUACAACUUUUUCUACUUCUGUGACAGCAAGUCUGGAUCUCCACCAUCCUUUAUUUUCCAUUCCACUGCACAACGAGACUUUUGAAUGAAGAUGCAGAGGUUGAAGUUUACGCUCUGUCUCACCGUGUUCGUGCUCUGCUGGACUUUAACGUGCUUUGACAAUGCAGAAGCAGAUGGCAUCAUCAGGCCUAGGAAGACCACCAAAGAUCUCAGAAGACAAUUAACCACUGCUGAUCAGCAGAGAAAAGAAUUACAGUCAGAAGACACUCAGUCGGACGAGCCCAGUGUAGAUGUGGAGAGUAAAAAUGACAAACCAAGUGAUAAAAAAUCAACUGAAAAGGUCCUUGCAGAUAAGGCAAAGAAAGCUGCAGCGAAGGAGGCCAAACCAAAGAAACCAAAAGCCCCCAAGCCCACCAAGGCGCCCAAGCCUCCAAAACCAACAAAGAAGCCUAAACCAACCAAAAAGCCCAAACCACCAAAACCAACCAAAAAGCCUAAACCACCAAAACCAACCAAGAAACCCAAACCCCCCAAAUCUACCAAGAAGCCCAAGGUAGCGAAGACCACCCCAAAGUAUGAAGAAACUGGGAAAGUCACCUCUCCAUCCAAGAAACCAAAGCUGGAGGAGGAGAAAAUUUACACAGAAUCUGAAUUGGACGAAUAUCCUCCUCCAAAGAAAGAAGAGCCAAUGACAACUUCUAUGCCCAAAAUCCUGAAAGAGCAUGACCGCAGUUACUGGGAUGCCAGAUAUGAAGUUACAGAGCCUGAUCUCCUGCCUAAAGUCAAGGAGGACAACCCUACCACUGAGGAUCUGAACAUAUAUUUACCCAUUCCAGAGGAGAUCACAGCCACACCAUUUAUUCCUCCCUGGUAUGAAGAAUACGAUUAUUCUGCUGUGGUAGCAAAGAAGCUGGAGGAGGAGAUGGAGAAAAGGCGGAAAGAGAAGGAGGAAAAGGCUGAAAAACUCAGGAAAAAAUGGGAGGAGGAGGAAGAAGAGAGACGAAAGCAAAUUCCUGUUUAUGUCGAACCAAAAAAUUGUCCUCCAAUGGGCAUGGAGUCGCAUCGCGUGGAGGACGACCAAGUCUUGUGCUCCUCGAUGUCCCAUCAUGGAUUUACAGCCCAGAGAGGCCGUUUGAAUAUGCAGGCCUCAGCUGAUGAGGAAGAUGUUUACGGAGGGGCCUGGUGUGCGGACACCGAGGAGAAGGAACACUGGUUUCAGGUGGACGCCCGGCGAGAGGUGGAGUACACCGGGGUCAUCACCCAGGGCAGGAACUCUGAAGUACAUGAUGACUUUGUUUCAUCGUAUUUUGUGGCCUUCAGUAAUGAUACUCGUGAAUGGACGGUGAUGCACGAUGGCUAUGCUGAAUGGCUCUUCUAUGGCAAUGUUGACAAAGACACGCCGGUGAAGACCGAGUUCUCCCAGCCUGUGGUUGCACGAUAUAUCCGAAUCUUACCUCAGAGCUGGAACGGCAGUCUGUGCAUGAGGCUGGAGGUGCUUGCCUGCCCCCUGCCUAAUAGUUACCCGAUGGAGAAUGAUGUCACACCCACUGAUGACUUGGAUUACAAGCAUCACAACUACAAGGAGAUGAGGCAGAUGAUGAAAGUGAUAAACGAAGAGUGCCCUAAUAUCACCAGAAUCUACAACAUUGGCAAGAGCUCUCAAGGGCUGAAAAUGUACGCAAUGGAGAUCUCAGACAACCCAGGAGAGCACGAGACAGGUGAACCAGAAUUCCGCUACACUGCAGGUCUGCAUGGGAAUGAAGUUCUCGGCAGAGAGCUCCUACUACUGCUCAUGCAGUUCCUGUGCAAGGAGUACAACGACGAUAACCCUCGAGUGCGACGCCUGGUGGACAGAGUGCGCAUCCAUUUAGUGCCUUCACUCAAUCCAGAUGCAUACGAGCUGGCUUAUGAAAUGGGCUCAGAAAUGGGAAACUGGGCAUUGGGACACUGGACUCAAGAAGGUUAUGACAUUUUCCAAAACUUUCCUGACCUUAAUAGCAUCUUGUGGGGUGCAGAAGACAGAGGUUGGGUUCCCCGCAUUGUUCCAAACCACCAUAUCCCCAUACCUGAGAACUUCUUGAAUGGCUCGGUGGCUGUUGAGACCAAAGCCAUCAUCUCCUGGAUGGAGCGAACACCGUUCGUUCUGGGAGCAAACUUGCAGGGUGGUGAGAAUAUUGUGACAUACCCAUUUGACAUGCAGCGGCCACCCCGGGACACCCAUAGCACACGUAGGCGGCCAAACUACAACAUGAACGAAGAGACGUGGGCCCGGAUACUGAGGCAGAAUGAAGGCGCGCUGCGCGAAACACCAGACGAGAACAUGUUCCGCUGGCUGGCCAUGACCUAUGCUCACAGCCACCUCACUAUGACGGAGACGCAGCAUGGCUCGUGUCACGCCGAUGAUGUCACAGGCGGCCAGGGCAUCAUUAACCGUGCUAGCUGGAAACCUGUUAUAGGCAGCAUGAACGAUUUCAGUUACCUUCACACUAACUGCUUCGAGAUAUCCAUCUUCCUGGGAUGCGACAAGUUCCCACAUGAAAGCGAGCUUCCUUUGGAGUGGGAGAACAACCGAGAAGCCUUGCUUGCCUUCAUGGAGCAGGUGAACCGUGGCAUCAAAGGUGUGGUGAGGGACACUGAUGGGAAUGUAAUCGCAAAUGCUACAAUAUCAGUGGAAGGCAUCAGGCAUGACGUCAAAACAGCUUCUACAGGUGAUUACUGGCGUCUUCUAAACCCAGGCGAGUAUCGUGUAACUGCAAGAGCUGACGGUUAUUCAUCUCAGACUCGCUUGUGCAUGGUGGGCUACGAGGCAGGCUCUUCGAGAUGCAGCUUCACAUUAUCCAAGUCCAACUGGGCGCGCAUUAAAGAGAUCAUGGCCCAGGGUGGGAAUAAACCGGUUCGGACGGUCACCAGGACCCAGACUGGAGGCACAAGAAAUGCUGGUCCAAACAGAAGUAUCCUGCCUGUUGGGGAAAGAAGGGAGCGACUGCGCCGUCUGCGUCUGAUGCGUCAGCGCAGGCUGCGGAUGCAGAGGCUGAGAGGCAAUAUGACCACCACUGUAUUGCCCACCACCACCACAACCACCACCACCACCACAACCACCACCACCACUCCACUUCCCACCACAGAGCUGAUAACAGAGACCACCGACUCUUGGUUCGACUCAUGGUUUGUGACAGACAACACAGAUAACACAGACAUUGAGCCCAUCGAGCUUGAGCUCCCAGAGACAGAACCCACGCGAGACUACAACUUUGAGUAUAGAAUAGAUGAUUAUUGAACACAGACAGGAUAACUGACACCACCUAAGCAGUAUUGCAGAUGAUUUUUGAUUUCUACGAGCCUUUAUUCUCUACUAAUAUGGACAUUCACUCUGUGGAACAGAGUGCAUAAACAUUUUUGGAUAUUGUUCUAAUGAGAGUCAACAAAACCUAUAUAAAUUUAAGUCCACUUAAGUGCACUCCGUUUUUUUCUUUUUCUUUUUUUUGUAUGUCACAUGUUUUCAUAAUAAAA